CUCAAUAGCAGUGAAGACCAGGUAGUUAUUGGAAAGUAAUUUCUUGAGAUUAAAAUUCUUUAGCUGCAUACUGUGAGGUGUUCUUAAAAGGACAAGAGUAUAAGAAAACUAUAGAAAAUAUCCAUUUCCAAAGUAUCUGGAAGAGGAGCAAAGUCUUCAAACAGUCCUAGACUGUGAUAUCCAUGGAUGCUGCAGAGUUCCGCAAGAGAGGGAAGGAGAUGGUGGACUACGUUGCAGAUUACCUGGAGAAGAUAGAAAAAAGACAGGUCUUCCCAGAUGUGGAACCAGGAUAUCUGAGGACUCUCAUUCCAGACUGUGCACCGCAGGAUCCUGAGAGCUUUGAGGAUGUCUUUAAGGACAUUGAGAAGAUCAUUAUGCCAGGGGUGACUCACUGGCACAGUCCCUACUUUUUUGCCUACUUCCCUGCAGCCAGUUCCUUCCCAGCUCUUCUUGCAGACAUGUUAUGUGGUGGAAUAGGAUGUGUGGGCUUCUCUUGGGCUGCAAGUCCAGCAUGCACGGAGCUGGAAACUGUCAUGCUGGAUUGGCUAGGGAAGAUGAUUAACUUGCCUGAAGAGUUUUUAGCUGGAAAGGAUGGGCAGGGUGGAGGAGUCAUUCAGGGAAGUGCAAGUGAAGCCACUCUUGUUGCACUGCUUGCUGCAAGAACAAAAACCAUCAGACGGGUGCAAUCAGAAAAGCCUGAGCUAACAGAGGCAGAUGUCAUGGGCAGGCUGGUGGCCUAUGCUUCUGAUCAGGCUCAUUCAUCUGUGGAAAGGGCUGCGCUGAUCAGUGGUGUGAAGAUUAAAAGUGUGCCUUCAGAUGAUACUUUUGCUGUUUGUGGUUCAGCCCUAAAGAAAGUUUUGGAUGAAGACAAAGCUUCUGGUCUUAUUCCAUUCUUUUUUUGUGCGACACUUGGAACCACACCUUGCUGCUCCUUUGACAAACUGCUAGAACUGGGUCCUAUUUGUAAUAAAGAAAACAUCUGGAUGCAUAUUGAUGCAGCCUAUGCUGGGAGUGCAUUCAUCUGUCCUGAAUUCAGGCAUCUUUUAAAUGGAGUGGAGUUUGCAGAUUCAUUUAAUUUUAAUCCCCACAAAUGGCUCCUAGUGAAUUUUGACUGCUCUGCUAUGUGGGUGAAAAAAAGAUCAGAUUUAAUUGGUGCUUUUAAAUUAGAACCUCUUUACCUGCAGCAUCACCACCAGGAGUCUGGCCUCGUAACAGACUACCGGCACUGGCAGAUCCCCCUGGGGAGGAGGUUCCGCUCCCUGAAGCUCUGGUUUGUGCUGAGGAUGUAUGGCGUCACAGGACUGCAGGAACACAUCCGCAAGGAGUUAUCCUGGGCUCCAGAUAUAUUUUGAUAAAUCUUGACCAUGGGCAAAUGAAACCAACACGAUGCUGGUUCACAUUUUCUAAUCUACAGACAAGUUUUUUAAAGAAAAAGUAAACUGGAGUUUAACUCAGCUUGUUCUCUUCACAUUAACAUUGCUUGUCCUAGCACUCAGCCUUGAAAAGAUGCUUUCAUUUAAACACACCCUAAUAUCUUGCAAGGGACAGUAUUUAUGUAUUUAUGUUUCCACUGCUGGCAAAGGCAAUCUUUGAAGAGAAUAGCCACUACUGGAUCUUGUGGUACUUCUGUCUUAAGGGAAAUGCUGUAGUGCCAGAAUUAUUUCUAAGGCUAUAUUUAUAACAGUAGGUCAUAGAGAGGCCAUUCCUAGCAUGAGAUCUAGGCUGCAAUGGCAGGAGCAAGUACUGCAACCUUCAGGUGGAGAACAGAGUCGAGCCAGGGAGUGGGAAGUUCUCUCUUUCUGAUGUGCCCCAAGAAACAGGCUGUGCAAAUAGAAUCAGGCAGAAAAUCAGCUUUCAAAGAGUUUCUUGAGGUGAUAUGUGGGGAAGAAGAUGCAUGUGCAUCUCACUUGUGCAGGAGGUAGUAGGUAGGCCCUAUUGUGUCUGUUCACCCCAUACAAUUGCAGCUAGGACAUGACUGUUCAGGUGCAUGACUGGGCCUUGUUAAGAGAUUGGGGACCAGGAGUUUCAAUUCCUUUCUGGGUUUAUAUAAAUCUCAAUGUGAAUGGUGUGAUUGCCUGGCAAAAAUGACAACUCAGCUCCUCAGUCACAGAGCUAGAAAGAUUUAUCCAGCAUUUAUAGACUUCUAGUCAGGCUUCCUUUUGCACUUUCUUCCCAGAAAACAUGUAAUAUAUUAACCUGUUGUAAAGAAUAGAUUUUAAAGCAGUGGCAAAGGGAGUCAUUUCUGAUGGAUAUGGGGAGAGAAAAAUAUGAAUUUUGGUGGAAAGCUCACAGCUAUUGAGGAGAUGUAAAGAAGGCAAAAACAACAAUAAAAGUCUGAUUCCAAAUACUCAGAGUCGGUAUAGAUGUGAAACCCAAACAGUGCAUUUGUAAGCAGCACAUUAUAGACUUCUUAACCAUAUAUUACUCCUUUGUCCUUUUAAGUCAUCGCAAAUUUCUCUGAAGUCAUCUGAAAAGUUAGAAAUUAACAUUCUUGUAGGCAAUUCUCAUGAACAUUUCGAGUCAGAUAAAUCAUAAAUCCUUUGGAGGCCAGAAGAAAUCACUUUACCACCUUCUCAUCAAUGAUCAUGAACUCUAUUAAAAUUGUACAACGGAGACCAAGAAACUGGCGCAGCACAGAACAGCAGUGCCAGAGAGAGAACUACAGUUGGGGAGUGGCAUAGUCCAAGUGGCUAAGUCCAAGUUCAGAGGACACUUUCUGCAGCAUUUGGAGAGUUGUAGUGAGAUAUGAGCUAAAGCAGGCACAGAGGUGAAAUCUAGGAAGAAAACUUUCAAGGUUAUGCAGAUAUGUGUACUUAUUGUGGUGCUUCUAAGAAACUCCCUUGAAACAGAAGCUACUUUAGUUCUGGAAGGAUUUGUCCUACAGUGAAUUCUCAACUGAAGUAUCUAAAUGCUGGAGCUCACACGUGUUUAUAUAUGCCCCGGACCUGGAGGCAUUCAAAGCCAGGCUGAAUAUGGCUCUGGGCAGCCUGGUCUAGCAGAGGGGCUGGAACUAGAUGAUCAUUAUAGUCCUUUUCAACCGAGGCCAUUCAAUGAUAAGUACAGAUCUUCUGUAUGGACUGCACCAUAAUGUCUCACGAGUUUACUCUUCUCAUCAAUGAUUAUGUAAGGCAUUUUCUCUAAUCCUGAUGAAUCACAAGUUAGUUGCCAUUUUUUUCUUAUCUCACUGCAAAAAGGCAAUAGUUAUUUACCAGAGGUAGUGAGACACAGAAAUCCCUUGCAAGCUUCAAUGUUUCCAUCUGCUAAAUGUCACUGUGAAGAGAAGUGCCGGUGUUCAGCUCCUACAUACUGACAUUUUUCAAUAACACAAUACAAUACAUAUAAUUCCACUUUAGGAACCGAUGUGAUAAAGGGUUUUUCCAAAUGACAUUACUAAAAACAGUAUGUGAGUUGGUUUGUGUACAUACUUUUUUUUUGGUCAAAAUGUACAAGGUAAAAUACUUUUUAAAGGUUAAAUGCAGCUUGAAUCAACUUUAAAUUAAUGGUGCUAAGGGUGCAGCAUGGUGAUUGUGUCAAAACCAUUUGGAGAGUUACAAUAACCACGGAUUUGUACAUAUUCAGCAGAAAACCGAAAAGCUCAGUUUUCAGUUCUGCAAAUAAGACUUGAUUUUCAUAGUUUACUUGCACAUCUUGAAAAUCAGGAGUACUGAAACCACGUGUGUACCCCUGUGAGCUAUUACCAUACCCAUGUCCAGAAUGGGAUACAGCUCUUUGAGUUGCAGAGAGGCAGACGUGAAACCUACAAGCCCUUUGAAUUCUGCAGGCUUAGUAAUGUUUAACUUUAUUGAAUUUAUUUAUGCUUAUGUCAACAAUCUUUGUAAGAGCAAUUCAGGUUAAGAGCUUACAAAGGUGCAGGAGUUCAAAGGUGCAAGGUCUUGGAUCACUCUGUGAAGCAGAGCUGCACAGGUGAAUCUUGUUGGUCCCAGCUUUCUCUACUUCCCCGUCCUCUAAAAAUCUAAUACACGUGGUGCCCCCCAGUGGCUUUCACUGUUAUUGCUGUUCCUUACAGCUUGCUGUGGAUAAAAUUGCUUCCAUAUAUGAAUACUAAAUUCAUAGAAUUUUGAUUUGUGUUUUACUGAAUAGUCCGUUUUCCCCUGAUUUUUAUCUCUCAAAAUUCUUGAAAAAUCUCUUAAUGUAAAAUAAAAUAAAAAGGACAGAAAUACCUGCUAAAUACUACAGCAUCUGUAGUAUCCUUGUAAAAAACACUUGCAGUAAGCCAAACCUUAAAUUAUUCUCUUAUUCAGUUAUUGCCAGGCAGAUUUUGAUUAAAUUCGCUUUGUGGUUGCACUCAGAUAAACAAGCUGUGAAACUGUCAUCAUAUUGAACAGAAAUUUCUUAUGAUCUUGAUGUCCAAGAUUUGGUAUAUGCAGUGUAGAAUUUUGCUGUGUCAAAAGCAUAACUUGUCCAAUGCUAUAGAAAAGAGGGAAGGAGGCGACAGUAAAAGAUUGUUGCAGCCUUUGUGCAUGUUGCAUAUAUGCUUCCCAUGCACUUUAUGCGUACAAACAUGUGGAUGUAUAUUCUGGUCAAAUUUCAUAGUUGUAAAACCAUGCUGUUUAUGUUAGCAGAAAUGCCUUGGAAGGGAUUGGGCAUGCUGUUGUUCUUGCUCCUGAUUCAAAGAGUGCUCAAUCUGAUUUCAGGGAGAGAUGAAAGAUGGAUGCAAUAAAAAAGCAGAGAGGAAGUGGUAACAGCAGUAGGACUGGCUGGUUGCAAGGGGUAUUGGCAGCCAGGCAGUGCACCUUGAAUCACUAUUCUUAUUCCAUAUAAACAGUGUUUUUCUAUUUUAAGUAAUAAACAUUAGGAAAAGAUGUUAGAACUGUUGUUUAAUUUUUGUUUUGUUUUUGUUUUUGUUUUUUGUUUAUAGGAAAGCCAUGAUAAUUUUCUAUGUAGAUCAGCUACUACAGACAUACAUACAAACAAAUUCUAGUAGCCAGAUACUUUUGUUAUCUUCUUUUUUCUGUACAACGAGCAUGAAGUUGAUGACAGCCUGUUAGGGGGCUGAAUACAGUACUGCAGGUACCUGAUGUGAAUGUGGGAUCUUUUGUUCAAAGUGCUUUUAUAUUCAUUUUCUGUUUGGGGGGAAGCAAAAUCUGCUGUAUACGCUUACAAACUUCACUGACUGACAUUAGAACUUCCUUGCUGGUUGUCAGUAUGCCUGUUGGUAUUUUCUGUAUUUGUUUGAUUUUGGGAGAGCAUCAGUCUUCGUAAAUUUUGGAAUAAUAAAUCUAGUUUGGUAACCGAUUUAACUGUUUAUCAGGCUGAGGUAUGCUGUCUGUUUCCUUUAUUUUACUGUUACCACUGUUCUUUUCAAUGGGACCUGAGCACCCAGGCCAGAAAGGGUGAGCAAGUUAUACCCCUCACAGUUAUUCUCAUGUUAAGGGAACUCUUCUAAAAAGCCCGUCUGUCUCUGUCCAUCUUAUUGUCCACUGGAAUUGUGGUCAUUUUCACUGUAUAAAUCCGUGCAUCCUUCCCUUUCCUCUUUUCAGACUCUGCAGCUGUUUUCGACCAAAACUGAGAAUGGCAGAAAAUGUAAAACAGAACUCUUGCAAAUAUUUACUAUUAAUAUGGCAUCCCGAAAGGUAUAAAACAUUUCGUGAAGAAGCAGACCUGUACUCCCUAAGAUAAACUGAGCAACCAAUAUUGUUACAGCUCAGUAUGGUCUCCGACAGUCAUACGCGUGAUAUAAGUUAACAUAAACAGAUGGCAGUGUGUGAAUAUCAUCACCUAUUAGAAGAGGGAAAUGAGAAAAGCGAUUAAGGAUGGAAGCAAAUUUAGCAAAUCAUUUCUUUGAAUGAAUCAAAUUUAUACAAUAGAG